AAUUUAUAAUUGAACCGAAACUGCAUAAAGCAAGCUAAUAUAUGAAGAGAAAAUUAGCUCUGAGCGGAAAUCCGUUUUUUUUUACUUUUGCGCUACGACGAUCCGACACUUUAGAAUAUAAUUAUGGAUAAAAACGAAACAUUAUACAACGCCGCGUGGUGGCAUAUUACUGUUGUGUUUUUUUAGAUAGUAAGGCACAAUCGCUGGCUAUUGGAAAGCUGCAUUUAAAUGAAAGUUGUUGUAGCUCCAUCAGUAUGAUGUAUUUGAGUGGACGUGGAAAAGCAAGGCAACGCGCUGUCAAGAAUGCCCAAGUCAAGUUGGGAAUCGGAACUAUGCUGUUUAGUCUGAUUAUAGUUUGCCUAACUGUGAAUGGAGUAAAUUCCCAGCAAGGCUCGUGUAGGAUAUCUCUUGUAUCCAAGAGACAAUGCGGCCCGACCGGGAUUGCUAGGUCGGAUUGCGAAGGACGGGGAUGUUGCUACGAUGGAGGCAGUACGCACCCGAGACUCAUGUGUUACUUCAGAGCAAGACUGUUGGGAUUUGAGUCGCAGGAAAGAUCACAGUCACAACCCCCAAGUACUCCGUCUCCCACUCCACGAUCUGCGACCAUGACCGCUUUACAAGUUUUCGCCAUGCUGCAAAAUCAAGGCGUAGAUGCACGUACAGCACUAGCGCUGAUAUACGAAGAACUAUACGGGAUAAACUAUUUUACUCUUCUUACUUUGUGGAGAGAAUUCGGAACGAACUACCUUUAUCUGCUUUUCGUAUCAAAUCGUGCUGCGAACAGAACGGUAAACCCGAAUAGUCCACGACUCUUAUUUGCCGGCGGCGAGCCUGAUUACCCAGGAUCCCAAGUACUUAAUACUUGCAACCCAGCCAACGUUGGAAAUACAUGCGGUAAUCCGGCUUACACAACCAGGGGAAGUUGCAUUAGAUGGAAAUGCUGCUGGGAUGCAAGUACACGUACGUGCUACCAUGCGACAAAUAACGUUAUUUACCUGCGUCAACGGUGUAGGCCAGGAUUCAGAAACCCACCUAAAUGCGAAGAUAUUGAUGAGUGCUUGUCAAAUCCAUGCCAGAAUGGUGGAAUAUGCACUAACUUGUUAAAUGGUUAUCGAUGUAACUGUCUUUCUUCUAUUGCUGGGCCCAACUGUGAAAAUAAGUGUCAAAACCCUCCUACAUUAUUGAAUGGGGGAUAUACACCAAUCAGAACACCUCCUAUCUACGACAUUAAUGAAAUUAUAACCUACACCUGUAAUGGGAACUAUGCCUUGCAAGGAGGAAACACCAUAAUUUGUUUAAGUACUGGCCAGUUUACCAUCCUUAGUGCAACCUGUGUACAAGGAUGUCCAAGGCCCCCAGAUAUUCCUAAUGGUGUUAUUACACCACCAGAUGCAUACAUCGCGGUUGGUAGUGCUGUUACCUACACAUGUAACACCGGCUAUACAUUCAAUCCACAAGGAACUUAUAAAUUGGCUUGCCCUCCCACUCAGAUCUUUACUGUUCCAUCAACAAAUACUUGUCAAAAAAACUGCCAGAGUGCACCUCCACCAAGUGCAAAUGGUUUUGCUCCAACUUACAAUCCACCAUCUACAACCUCUUUCCCACCUGGAACAACAGCCACCUAUACAUGUGGCCCCAAUUAUGCUUUUCCACUUGGCACAGUAGCAACCUUAACUUGUUCAACCACUGGUACUUGGAGUUCUGCUACUGCUCCAAUUUGUGCACAAGGAUGUCCACGGCCGGCUAAUAUUUUGAAUGGUGAAAUCACACCAGCUGAUGCAUCAAUUCCAGUUGGUGGAAGCAUCACUUACACUUGCAACUCUGGAUACACUUUCAACCCUGCUGGCCAAGCUGUUCUCACAUGCCCUUCAACUUUAAGUUUUGUAGUUCCGCCCGGAAAUAUUUGCUUUAAAAAUUGCCAAGCUGCACCACCAGAAGGAACAAAUGGAUCGCCUCCAGGAUACAGCACAACAAUUAUAAGCGGUUCUAACACUUACUCCCCAGGAACUAAUGCUAUUUAUAGUUGCAAUGCAAACUUUGCAUUCCCAUCUACAGUUUCAAAUACAUUAACCUGCCUUACAACUGGUUUAUGGUCUCCAAGUGUGGCACCUGCCUGUGUGAGUGGUUGUCCACGACCACCUGAUAUUCCAAAUGGAAUUAUUCAACCACCUGACCAGUUUAUUGCUGUUGGCAGCACAGUUACCUACUCCUGCAUACAAGGAUAUGCGUUCAACUCGGCUGGUACUGCCACCUUAACAUGCCCCGCAUCUCUCAGUUUUGUUGUCCCAACGGAAAACACAUGCCAACCAAAUUGUCAGUCUGCACCACAAAAAACAGCCAACACAGGUGACCCCAGUUACAAUAAUCAACCUGUUGUGGUUGGCAACCUCAACACUUAUUUGGCUGGAACAACAGCAACAUACACCUGUAUACAAAACCAUAUAUUUCCCACUGGUGUGACAGGAACACUAACAUGUACACCAAGUGGAACAUGGAACCCACAAAACGCACCAAUCUGUGUCCCAGUAUCGUCAUGUACAUCAGCACCAUCAGAUUCAUGUUGCAAUGCACCUGUUUACUCCAAUAAUCCAAUCACUGGAUCGCAGAACUACGUGGUUGGAACGACUGCUACCUAUACCUGUAAUCAAGGAUCUCAUAUAGCUGGUGGAGAUGAUUUCAUUACUUGCAUGUCAAAUGGACAGUGGUCUCCAAGUACAGCACCAUCUUGUUUCCAAGUUUGUAGUGCUGCACCUACUCCCCAAACAAAUAGUGGAGGGCCAAACUACUCACCUGCUGUUAUCACUGGAACUACAACAUAUAAAAAAGGAACCACUGCUGUUUAUACUUGUUCUGGAGCAUUUGCAUUUGCUACUACGGAGAGUGAUACACUUACUUGUGGAAGUGUCAGUCCUGGUGCAUGGGAGAAAACAGUAUCACCUACAUGUAGUGCAGUAUGCUCUACUGCUCCAACUGAAAUGGCAAAUGGUAUCCCACCUACUUAUGCACCAGGGACCAUUGGUAGUAACAAUUAUAAAAGUGGAACGGUUGCAACAUACACUUGUACACCUCCAAAUCGGUUUCCAGCUGGUACAACUGGAACAUUGACAUGUAAUGCAGGAACAUGGAAUCCCAGCACAUCACCACAAUGUUCAGCAGUAUGCUCCGCUGCCCCAACGCAAAGUUCAAAUGGUCAACCUCCAUCAUACAGUUCAAGUGGAACUACUGUAGGAGGUAUCACAACUUAUUCUAGUGGAACACAAGCCAUUUAUUCAUGUACUGGUGAUUUUGCUUUUCCAGCAUCAGUUUCUCACACACUUACAUGCAAUGCUGGAACUUGGAAUCUAGCAUCUGCACCACAGUGCACUGCAGUGUGUUCAGUUGCACCGUCUGCUUCAUCUAAUGGAAAUCCACCAACGUACAGCCAAGCAGCUGUCACAAUUAGUGGAAACACAAAAUAUAGAAGUCAAACUACUGCAACAUAUACUUGUCAAAAUAGCUUUAGUUUUGCAACUUCCACAUCUGACACAUUAACAUGCAAUGCGGGUACAUGGUCACCAAGUACACCUCCAAUGUGUGAAGCUGUUUGUAGUGCUGCACCUACUCCCCAAACAAAUAGUGGAGGGCCAAACUACUCACCUGCUGUUAUCACUGGAACUACAACAUAUAAAAAAGGAACCACUGCUGUUUAUACUUGUUCUGGAGCAUUUGCAUUUGCUACUACGGAGAGUGAUACACUUACUUGUGGAAGUGUCAGUCCUGGUGCAUGGGAGAAAACAGUAUCACCUACAUGUACUGCAGUAUGCUCUACUGCUCCAACGCAAAGUACAAAUGGUCAACCUCCAUUUUACAGUCCAAGUGGAACUACUGUAGGAGGUAUCACAACUUAUUCUAGUGGAACACAAGCCAUUUAUUCAUGUACUGGUGAUUUUGCUUUUCCAGCAUCAGUUUCUCACACACUUACAUGCAAUGCUGGAACUUGGAAUCUAGCAUCUGCACCACAGUGCACUGCAGUGUGUUCAGUUGCACCAUCUGCUUCAUCUAAUGGAAAUCCACCAACGUACAGCCAAGCAGCUGUCACAAUUAGUGGAAACACAAAAUAUAGAAGUCAAACUACUGCAACAUAUACUUGUCAAAGUGGCUACAGUCUUGCAGCUUCCACAUCUGACACAAUAACAUGCAAUGCGGGUACAUGGUCACCAAGUACACCUCCAAUGUGUCUAGCAGUUUGCAAUAAUGCUCCAGCUGUUCCAAAUGCAAACACUGUUGCACCAACGUACGCACCACCAGCAAUAAGUGGGACAACAACAUAUCAAAGUGGAACGAUAGGAACAUAUACAUGUGCUUCUGGUUUUGAUUUUCCAGUUGGAACAACAGGCGUUGUGACAUGUGGUAGUGUAACUGCUGGGUUGUGGAAUCCUAACACUGCACCAGUAUGCACACAAAGUUGUGAUCCUGCACCAUCUGGAACCAACACAAAUCCUGCAAUUGUAUACAGCACCACAGUUAAUUUGGGCAAAUACAAAAGUGGAACAACUGCAACUUACACCUGUGUUGGUCAAACUGCAUUUUUACCAAAUGUAAACAAUUUUAUUACUUGCAAUGCUGGUACAUGGAAUCCUUUAACUGCACCAGCAUGUGAAACAGUUUGUCAAGCUGCUCCAACUCAGUUAACAAAUGGUGUUGCUCCAACCUACGUUCCUUCUGGUGUAGUUAUUUCUGGAAACACAAGAUAUAGAAAAAGUACUGUGGCAACAUACACUUGCAACACAAACUUUAACUUUGCUAGUGGCGUACCUGACAUACUGUCAUGCAAUGGACCUGCAUGGUCUGGUACUGCACCGCUAUGUGAACCAGUUUGCAAUGAUGCACCUGCUGCAGCCAAUUCAAAUGGAAAUGCACCAUUAUAUGCACCAGCUGUAGUUGUUGUAGGCUCAACAAACACAUACAAAAAAAACACAGUAGCAACAUAUACAUGUAAAACCAAUUUCGCAUUAGGAGCUGGAGUUUCAGAAACACUGACUUGUGGAAGUGUUAGUGACGGUGCAUGGGAACCUACUACUGCACCAGCGUGCCUUGCAAUAUGCAGUUCAGCACCAGCUGCAGCAAAUGCAAACGGCCAACAACCAUCUUACAGUUCUGCAGCAAUAUUUGGCACUUCAUACCAAAGUGGAACUGUUGCCACCUAUAACUGCUUGACAAAUUUUGCCAUAGAAGCUGGAUUACCUGACACGCUAACAUGCCAAUCAGGUUCUUGGAACCCAUCAACAGCACCAGUUUGUGUGGCAGUUUGUUCGGAUGCACCUCCAGCUGCAGACGGCAAUGGUCAGGCACCAACAUACAGCACCUCAGCAAUUUCUGGAAAAUACAGAAGCAAGACUAUGGCUACAUAUAGGUGUAAUUCUGGAUUUGCUAUACCUGUUGGUACUUCAGAGACUUCUGAGUGUAACAGUGGUGUUUGGAACCCAAGUACAGCACCUACAUGCCGUUCAGCUUGCAUGCCAGCUCCAUCAGCUACAGGCACAACAACUGGUCCAACGUACAACCCAAUCGCGGUUACAAUAAGUGGCAAUAACAGAUAUAGAAGUCAAACAAUUGCAACUUACGGAUGUAGUUCUAAUACUUAUUUUGCUACUGGAAUCUCGGAAUCAUUAACUUGCAACGCUGGUUCAUGGAGUUCUAGCACAUCACCCCAGUGCACUGCAGUAUGCUCAGCUGCACCAGCGCAACAAGCAAAUGGACAGGCUCCUAGUUAUACACCUGCUGGGGUUGUAAUUGGUUUAAUUAGGUACAGAAGUGGUACGAUGGCUACAUACACCUGUAAUGAUAACUAUCUUUUUGCUACCAUGGUAUCUGACACACUAACAUGUACUGCACCAAGUUGGUCACCAGCAAGUUCACCCACAUGCGUAAAAGCAUGUGUUGCGGCUCCCGGACGUGCCAGUGCAAAUGGUAACUCCCCACAAUACGACACACCUGCUGUCUCCCUGGGCCAGGGUCUUUCAUAUAGAAGUGGAACAAUAGCAACAUAUACUUGUAAUGGGGAGUUUGCUCUAGGGGAAUCUGUUUCAUCAGUUCUAACGUGUAUGGGUAGCUCUGGUUGGUCCCCAAGCACUGCUCCAAUUUGUUUGGCAGUGUGUGCAGAAGCACCAGCGGCUGCCAAUGCUAACGGCAUGGCUCCCACGUAUAGUACAACAGCUAUCAUAAUUUCUACAAAUACAAGAUACAGAAGUGGAACAGUUGCAACAUAUCGGUGCAACACAGGCUCAGAAUUGGGAGUAGCAGUUAGUGAAACAAUAGUAUGCACAUCUUUAUCAUGGAGUGGGGGUGCACCGGUUUGUCUAGCCACAUGCUCAGCUGCACCAGCAGCUUUAACAAAUGGAAAUGCACCAACAUAUAGUGCAGCGCCAAUAGGUGGAAAUUACAGAAGUGGUACAAUUGCUACAUACACUUGUCAGACAAAUUUUGCAUUUGGUUCUGGAGGCACAGACAUCCUAACAUGCAGUUCAGGAGCUUGGUCUCCUACGAGUGCACCUGCUUGCUUACAAACUUGUUCCGCUGCACCUGCACCCGCAAAUGCUCAGGGCAAUUCCCCAUCCUACAGCACUUCCGCAAUCAGCGCAGGAUCCUACAGAAGUGCUACUUCAGCGACAUAUACUUGCAUGAGCAGUAAUUAUAUUAUUGUUGGAAGCAACUCAUUGGUUUGUGUUAGUGGUAGUUGGGUACCCGCUGCAGCUCCUGUGUGCGUUGCAGCAUGCACAACUGCACCUAGUCAACUUACAAAUGGAAAUGCACCAACAUACAGCACUACAGAAAUAGUUUCUGGUAGAUAUGCUGCUAACACAAUUGCAACAUACACUUGUCAAACAGGAUUUGGAUUCAAUAACGACCAGAUUACAACUUCUACUAUUCAGUGUUCUUCAACUGGCACCUGGAAUCCAACAACAGCACCACAAUGCGUAUCAGUCUGUGGAACACCACUGUGCAGAAAUGGUCAGUCAUGCGUAGGUUCUGCAUGCUUAUGUGACGUGAAUGGUGGUACAUUUUGUGAAUGGAAACCUCUGGGUGGAGGCCGAUACUAUCGAGUGUUGUCAACUCCUGUAACAAGUUUUACAGAUGCAGUGGCCGCUUGCUAAAGUUUUUCUUCCACUUUAUUAGCGCCAACAAUUGUAAAUAAUAUAAGAGGUAAUUUUGAAGGAACAGUGGGAACGACAGUACCUGCAUUAACAGGCAAUGGGUGGAUCCACAUAACAAGAGCCAGUUCGGGUCACGCAUGGUUGUACAGUGGAUUUAUACCAUUUACUGGAAGUGAAACUUUCAAUUUUUGCAAUUCUCCAACUACAACAGAUCUAUGUGCUGUUUUCACUUUAUCUACUGCAUGCUGGACAGGAGUACCUUGUUCUGCCACUACAGCCCAACCAAUUUGUUAUACAACUUCACCAUAAGGCUGAUCUUGCAAGUUUUUACUUGAUGC